GCGUGGAGAUGGCAUUUGAGACUGUUCCCGGCUGCUUCGGCCCAUUCUCCCGUCGUUCCCUCUUCCUGAGGGCCAGACCCUCGCUGUCUUCGCCUACGUCCCGCGCACGGCCUCCCGUCCGGCUUGGAGCCCCGUGAUGCGGACCGCGGCGCGCGCGCGGGCGCGGGGCGUGGGGGGGGUCCCGCCCAGGAGGACGUCCCCGCGGGCCCCUCGCCAAGAUGGCGGCCCCGCAGCGGAGGUGCCAGGGGCCACGGGGCGGAAGAACCCCGAGGCGUUCCUGGGGCAGGUUCAUACCACCGACUUUCCCGGUAACUAUUCGGGCUAUGAUGAUGCCUGGGACCAAGACCGCUUCGAGAAGAAUUUCCGUGUGGAUGUGGUGCACCUGGAUGAAAACUCAUUGGAGUUCGACAUGGUGGGAAUUGAUGCAGCCAUUGCCAAUGCUUUUCGACGCAUUUUAUUAGCUGAGGUGCCAACCAUGGCUGUGGAAAAGGUCCUGGUGUACAACAACACAUCCAUUGUUCAGGAUGAGAUCCUUGCUCAUCGCUUGGGGCUCAUUCCCAUUCAUGCUGAUCCCCGUCUUUUUGAGUAUCGGAACCAAGGAGAUGAAGAAGGCACAGAGAUAGAUACCCUGCAGUUUCGGCUUCAGGUCAGGUGCACGCGGAACCCCCAUGCUGCUAAAGACUCCUCCGACCCCAACGAACUCUAUGUGAACCACAAAGUGUACACCAGGCACAUGACAUGGGUGCCCCUGGGGAAUCAGGCAGACCUCUUCCCAGAGGGCACCAUCAGACCAGUGCACGAUGAUAUCCUCAUUGCCCAACUGCGGCCUGGCCAGGAGAUUGACCUGCUCAUGCACUGUGUCAAGGGCAUUGGCAAAGAUCAUGCCAAGUUUUCACCUGUGGCAACAGCCAGUUACAGGCUCCUGCCGGACAUCACCCUGCUUGAGCCUGUGGAAGGGGAGGCAGCCGAGGAGCUGAGCCGGUGCUUCUCACCUGGGGUCAUUGAAGUGCAAGAAGCCCAAGGUAAAAAGGUGGCUAGAGUUGCCAAUCCCCGGCUAGAUACCUUCAGCAGGGAAGUGUUCCGGAACGAGAAGCUGAAGAAGCUUGUACGACUUGCUCGGGUUCGCGACCACUACAUCUGUGAGUAUCGGGUUGGGGGCGGCGCGGGGGUGCGCAGGCGGGUGGGUGGUGCCACAGCUCCCGUGGAGUCCCAGUCGGAAGCAGGCAGGGACGUAGCCUGGGAGCCGGUGCGGGCCCACGUAGGCUCAGGGGUCCCUCUGCUUGCCAGUCUCUGUCGAGUCAACAGGGGUGCUGCCGGCAGCCGUGCUGGUGAGCGAAGCCAUCAAGGUACUGAUGGGCAAGUGCCGGCGCUUCUUGGAUGAACUGGAUGCAGUUCAGAUGGACUGAGGUUUGCACCGGACUUCUCGGCACGGCUGCGCUGCUCCUGAGCCAAGCUGAAGAUUUCGGGGCCGGACCUGCCCUCACAGGACUGCCCCAGAGUCCGGUGUGACUGGAGGUCCUGGGUUUUCUGGGACAAUUCUAGCCUUAUUUUCAGUCAAUACGUUUUGUUGAAUGUGCCACAAAAUGUCACCUUGUGCCUUCGUAAGGCCUUCAUGUAAAUAAAUUCACAUCCAAAAUAAAACUCCUUUUGUCAGAGACUACUUCCUGGGUUUUAGCCCCAAAAAUAUGGGGCCUCCCCUCAGAAGAGGUUUGGCAUUAUUUAGCCCUUGGGAACACUGGCUUCAGGUGUCACUGCAGGUCAGGGCCAAGUCCGUCUGAAGCCUUAAGAGAAAUGCCAAAUCGAGGUGGUUUCUGGGGGCUCAGCUGGACCACAGAAAACUACUGUGUGCCACUUACCAUUUCCUGGAUCAUCAGAGGGAGUGUCUGAGGAAAAAGGAUGGUCCGCAGCCACCAAGUCACCCUGCUAUCAAGUGUCACACAAGGGUGGGUGCCUGGCUGGCUCAGUCAGUAGAGCAGGUGACGCUUACCUCAAGAUUGUAAAAUUCAAGCCCCACCUUGGGUGUAGAGAUUACUUAAAAAUAAGAUCUUAAAAAAAAAAAAAUCCCACAAGGAACAGCAGCAUUUCCCUUUGGACAGUCCCUCCGAGUCCAGCCCAGUGGCCACAGAGGACGCUGGGAGAGUGGUAUGGGCGGCCUGGUCUAGGUCUGUCGGGAAUAGAAAUCUUUUUCUGGCUGGCAUACUGUUUGAGAAAGCUGGUCCAUCAGUCACAGCUCUUCCUGUCCAGUCCCCUUGGCAGGAUAUGCUCAUGAGCAGUGACACUAGAGGUCACUGGUUUGAAAAAGGCAGAUGGGGCCCUUUCUGUAUGAAACAGAUCUUUACUGACAUGCAGAUGUGCUUUAGAGUUAAUGUUUCUACAAAAAGUUCUAUAAACAAUAGAAAACCUCUAGCAUGAAGUCACAGGAUGUUAAAAAUCUUACAGCACAAUAAAUACAACUAUGCCCUCCACAGCCCCAACCAGAGAGGAGUAGGCAGCCAUCGGGUUUGCAGGGAGACCUACUUGGAGACGGCCUUCACAGUGGACAGGAAGCGGCCCAAAGCACCGCUCAGGAAGAGGGCAUGGGGCAAAUCUGUGCCACAGAAACCGCUCCACAGGACCCCAAGUCCCGUUUCCGCAGGCUCACCUCUCUCCAACCCUGCCCGGGUGCCACCAGCUCACAGCUGUAGCUUGCGCCCAGGCUGUUCUGCUCAGUACCCCCCAGAAACCCUCGUGUCAAUGGGCUGCAUGGAUGACAGGCCUCCUCCUACAGAACGCAGACGCUCUAAUCUGGUUUCCGUACAGAGGAAGGCUGUCUAUGGCCAGCAGGGACUCCAGGCUAGGGUCCUGCAUUCAUGUCCCCUCUGCCUACAGGGCCAUCCAGUGACCUCUAGAACAGAGUGAAGCCUCACAAUACAGGUUGUGACAGGAAGGCAUAUGUUCUUUUCUUUUGGAAAUGGUCCAUGAGAGUGACCAGGGACCUGAAAGACCAUGAGAUUUUUGAAGGCACCUGGACCCAACUAGUCCGAGAAGAGACCAGUGGCUUUGCUAGCUGCUCAUCACAGACAGAGCCUAGCUGGUCUACGUUAUCCUCCGAUGCCAACGGCAUCACGUGACACUAGAUAGGGUACCGUGGCUCUUAUGCCUGAGUGGAUCCUGGGGCUGGGGAAACCGCGCUGAGGGACUGCAUGGAAUGCGUGGGAAUACGUGUGAACUCUAAGGGGAUGUCAGAAAGCACUCCAGAUCCUGGCCCUGCUGUGGUCCCUGAUGGUACUACACUUGACACUGCGUCCAGAGCUUGGCGGCAGCCUGUAGCGGGGAUCCCAUCAGGUGACCAGAUUCUUGCUCAAAACAAAGAGAGGGAACUGGCCACAUUCAGUUCAGCACUCAGCACCUGACCCAGACAUGCCCCUGGGGGACGGGGAAGGUUCUCUGCCAGCCCAGCAGUAAGGGGGCUCAGUGGGACUUGCAGCGGCCCAGGAGGAACUCUCUGGCGCAAGCAGUGCGGACCGAGCCCCUGUGCAAGCCUGGCUAGUCGCAGCGUUGGGUGUUAGCACCCCGAGUUACCGCUCUACACGGGUGUAUGGCUACAUGGGGGCUGGAGGGCUUGGGGAGUAGGGCCAGUCUGCUCUAGCUUUUCUUUCUUGGAAAAGUUGAAACUCCAAGUAGAAGGGGAGAUAGCUGGGAGAUCCAGACGGAAUGGUGUGAGCAUGAACUCCCUUUCUUGAUACCUCAGGUAUU